AUGGCUGAGAGUAGCGAUUCUACACGCGAAAUUUAUCAUCAAGAUUUGAGUGAAAAUGAAAGCUGGUCGGAGACGAAUGAGUCGUUUUCCGAAGAAGAGGAGGAUGGUAUCCUUAGUUUGAGCGAAGUGGGACAAGCUUUGCCGCAGGUGAAGCCCUAUGUUUUGGACCCGCCAGCGCCGGAUGCAAGCACUAGUAGCAAUGCCAGUGCUGCGGAGGGCAGGGAGUGCGUUCGCCGUGAAGACCGACGCAAAACAGAUGAAUGGUGCACCUGUGGACAUUGCCAAAUCCUGCCAGGUGCAUCAGAAAAUAUCUGCUGCAAUGAAGUGGAAAUAGUACAGAUGAAGAGCAAAGAGGAGAAUGUCCAGUGUAUUACUGACCACCCAGGGUUUGAGCCAGUCUGCCUGAACAAGUGGGUACUGGAAACUGCUUGGAUGCAGUUCAGGCAGCAAUAUGGGGGGAAAGCAUUUGAAGGACGAGAGGAUCAAAGACUGAGGCAUAUCGCUUAUAGGCAAUUUGUCCGCUGGGUUUGGGGGUGGCUGGGUAAGAAAAUUAGGGUCACAAUGCCCAGUUGUGCAGUUAGCUGCAUUCGAGCCCACUACCCCCCACCUUCAGAAGAAGAGCACUUCACUGGCUUCAAAGACCAGUAA